AAAGCGCAUUGUUAGAAGCGCUCGGGAAGAGCACCCAGCGUCGGGCGCCUUCUCCGUGGGGGGUGAAGCGAGGGGGAGACCCCCGAAAGCGAGGGAUCCCUUGCCCGCUCCGAUGCCCACGCGCGCUGCCAGCCUGCUAUGCCGGACUUGGUGGGAACUUUGCGCCCGCCUGUCCCCAUCUUCCCAGGCGCAAUGAAGCCGGCGCCUGGGAGGAAGGGAGGAGAGGCGAGCCCCGUCUCCUUUCCCCCUCCCUGGCUUCCCGGGAUCGGGGCCCGCCCUGCACGGCCCCCCCCCCCGGUGCCCACUCUGCACGCCCCCCGGUGCCCCCUCACCUGCCGUCUCGGGCGCGCACGGGAGCGGCAAAGCGGCCUUUCUUUCUCCAGCGGGCGCGCAAAAGAGGAGGCGGCGGCGGCUGGCCCGGGAAGGCGGCACAGCCAAGCUCCCCGCCGCCCGCCUCUGUGCCGAGGCGCAGGGCUCCAACCCGGAGAUCUGAAGAUGCCAGCCACAGAUGCAGGCGGAACGUCAGGAGAAAAUGCGACUGGAAGAUGGCCGUGCAGCCCGGAAACCUCACAACACCCCAGUGAUUCCAGCCGUGAAAGCCUCCGACAAUAGAUAGCAGAUCUAUUUUUCCGUUGCUUUCAUUAAAAAUAAAACCACAACUAGA